GGAGCGGAACCCGGAUGAACUGUCAUGGCUGCCGUCACCGACCUGCCAGUCUAAAGAGAAAAAAGAGGAGCCUUUAUUCUAAAGCAUGGAGGUUGACCUGAUGACAUCAGAUGAUCCCCCUGAAAGCAAUGACCUGAGCCAGGAUGAUGACAACACCUCACUGGACCACACUUUGCCACUCGAGUUGGUACAUCAGCUUCCAGAGACUGCCUCUUGCAAUGAGCAUUGUGACCAAGAUGAAACACCCCCUGAGGAGUCAGCCACUGAUAAUCUUCACACAGACGGCAAAGCUUCUGGAAAGACUCCAUGUAAGAUGCAGCAGGGUGCAAUCUUCUCUGGAAAAAUACUGAGUUUUUGUUGCUCUGAAUGCAAAGACGACACCACUUACAGCCCCAACGACUUGCUGAAACAUUUUCAAGGAACGCACAAAGGGACUCUUCCAACAUAUCCUUGCGACCUGUGCUUGUUUGUCACCAAUGAAUUCUCAUCUCUUCAGCGACAUCGCAUCGGUCAUCGGAACACUUUGGUCACGUGUGAGAUUUGCAAUGAUGGAGUGCAGUAUUCGCUUCUUUUGCUCACCAGGCAUUUCACCAGCUGCCACAGCCGUAAUGGACAGUUUCGCUGUAAAAAGUGUGAGUUCUCCACCCGAGAUGCAGGAACCUUUGUUCAGCACAUCCAUCAUCACAACGAACGUAAUCACAAAUGCCCACAUGGUAGCCCCACACAAGAGCUUCAAAGGGGACAUUCUGGGACUUUUCCUUUCUCUUGUCAGAUUUGUGGCUAUAGCGCAGCUCGCAGAGAGUAUCUGAACAAACAUCUUACUGUGGCACAUGGUGAGGACAGUUCAUCUGGAUUAAAACUGUUGCUUAAAAAGUCUCCUCCAGUUGGAGCAUCUAGAGACUCUCAGUGGAUGUCAAAACUUAACUCAAUCCCUGGCGUAGGUCUACUUGAUCAUAACGGCAGGUUGUUUAACCCUGAAAAAACCUUGGAGGAGACCCAGCAGUUCCUUGAAAGAGCUGUUGGGGUUAAAAAAGAGAAUAUUAAAUGGACAAAGUCUCCGCUAAAAAGUGAGCCGCAAACUUUGCACCUCAUUCCAUCAACAACGCCACAACCAAAGUUACAAGAGCAUGAGAUUAGUCCAGGAAGUCCAGGACUUCUGAAUUCAACCAACAGCAAUGGACUGACUGUUCUUAUGGUGAAAAAUAAAAUUUCUAUUCCACCGAACUGCACCACUAAAGUCUUGGGCUUUAAGAUGGUGGAUGGUAAAAAACAUUUGGUUCUAAAAGUCAUACCGACAAAACAAGAGGACUCCACUGAUAAUGAGGUUUCUGAUUCACAUAUGGGUGACGAUGAAGAUAAAAUAACCAGCAGCCCCUGCUCUUCAUCCUCACCAAGCAUAGGAUCUCUCCUCAGUUUAGAGUCUGGAGAAUCAAAUGAGAUAUCUUCAAUAAAAGAUGAAUCACAAGAAGUUGAAAAUCUCCCCCUGAUAGAGGAGCACAAAGUUAGCUUUGAGAGUGCAAGUAAAGCAGGACAGGUUAAUAAUGAGGAUAAUGAAGUCUCACAUAGUGUUAAAGUACUGUCUACGGCAUCAAAAGAUGCUGUGCUUUCCAAUGGGAGCUCAUCACCUCAUCUUCAUGAGGUAUCUAGUGAGAAAUGCUCAACUGAUGAUAUCCAGACAGCCUGCACACUUCAGGUUUCAACUUCAGAGCUUUCUUCCACUGAUUCUGAGACUACUGAUUCAUCUAAAUAUGAGGCUACAGCGUCAGCCCCAGUUAUGAAUGAACCCUCAGGAUCACAGUCGUCUGCUGAUGAAACCACAUGUCCUGAUGCAGUUUCUGAUUCAAAAUCGAAUCCUGAAAUGUCUGUAGAAGGCAAGUCCACAAGCACUGAUAACCUGAAAUCUAAACUUCAAUCAAAACGAACUGUAGCAGCAUUUUCAGAGGAAUCUCUUAUUCAGGAACCAUGUGAGAAGAGCAUUGAACCAAACUCCCCUGUUGAAAGUACCAUCUUUGAUUUAGUGGUUAAAGAAGGGCAGGAUUCUGACAAAGUUGAGACUUUAUGUAAGGCGACUGACACCGCAAAAGUUGGGGAAAGCUCCCAGUGUUAUUCAAACGCUCAUUCUGACUCAAGUGAGACGCCAGCCUCAGACAGUAUUGUUGGAAAGUCCUCUGAAGUAACUAAAAAUGAAACCACAGAGGCAAAUGCGCAAAAUGAAACUAGUAAAAGUGCUGAAGCCAAAGAUCAUAACACAGAUGUUGAAAACAACUUUGUCAAUUCCCCAAGUCAAGAGGUCUUUAGUUUCCACAAUUAUUCUAAAGACACCUCCGGGAGCUCUCCUGAUUCAUUGCUGCCUGAAGAAGACUCGCCACAGGGGUUGGAGGAAGAAGAAUGCGAGGAGGAUUUUGGUGAUUGGAGCUUAACUCUUCCAGCAUCUCCUCCUCUUCCAAGUGAAGAAGAUAGCAAGGGAGUGGCUAAUGAGAGUGAUCUGGUCUCUGAAAGUGGAGAGAAAACAUUAGAGCGAGUGUCUGAUAGUGAUAUUGAGGUUGAUGAGUGCAUAGCUACUGUCGAUGACCCGCUCAUUCCUGUGCUUCCAGAAAAAGCAGUUUGUUCAUCAGCACCGGAGAAGAAACAGGAAGGCAACACUUCUGCAAGUGAGAACACAGCGCCAAGCUUGAACAACGCGGCUGUUUUGGGCAAGAUACUUGAAAAGCACUCAGAUGCCAUUAUCAGCCAGCAACUUGAGAAAGAAAGAAUGAGGUCUUCAGCAACAGCACAAGAAACUGUUAGGCCAACCAAAACCACACUUCGGAUCUUGCAGACACCUGAAGGAAAACAGCAGAUGUUUCUACAAACUACAGACACUCCAUAUCCUGUGCCAGUUCAGCUGAAAAGCGGAGCUGGGUUCAAGCUAAUUACAAAGUCCUGCUCUCCCAAAAUUAAUGUUUCUUAUGUAAAACCUGGGAUUGAGAUGGCCAGCAAGUCUACGGGAGUAGCUCUCACUUUAAAUGGAGGCCGAAUUGGCAUGUCUGCACAAAGUGCAAAUCUUGAAACUAAAGGUCAACCGUCUGCCCAGACAGCACCAAGUGGCAACCGCUACUUCGUCAAUGCUUCUGCUCUGAAAACAUCUCUUCUAUUAUCAGGUGCUGUCAAGUCCUCAUCUGGAGAACAGGUGACCAAUGUGCCACAGACUUGUUAUUUAGUUCAGAGACCACUACCGGUUACCCCGGUUAGUAGCGAGUCAAGUGGUUCAAGUUCUAAGACUGUGCUUGCAACUCGUCCUGUAUUGGCCAUGCCUGUGAAUGCGGCCGAUAAAACCAGUCCCUUGCAAGCUGGGAGACAAGCUUACUUGGUUAGAUACAUUUCUCCUGCUAAGUCAGGUAUACUUUUGAACAAUUCAGAUGGGAAAACUUUAAACCAGGGCAAGCAAGUAAACGAGGCUGGCAAAAACAGGGUUUUCCUCAAGAUACUUAGAGGUCCCAACGGGACCAGAUUUCUCUCCACUGCUCCAUACACCACAGCCAAAAAGUCAGUAUAUCUUGCCACAAGUUCUUUACAGUCGCCUUGUUUGUUAAUGUCCUCAAAUAAAUCUUUAACCAGCAUGUCGGCAGGUCUUCAAACCUCUACUAAUUCACAAGGUCUCGUUCAUAAACUCAUUCCCGCAUCCCAGCUUAAACAUAUUCUACCCCAGUCCAACAUUCAAAUCAAAAGCAGGGCUGAUCGCGAUGUAGCAUUACAGAAGUCGCCACUCGUUCCCUGUUGCAUCCGUCCACGAAGCCAAAGGAAACGAAGGCGAAAGGCUUUGUUUGAGGAAAUGCUGGAGAGCUCUUCCAAAAUGAGGAGAAUCUCCAGCAAGUCGUCGAUUGAGAAAGACGCUACCUCAAUUUGGGAGCCUGCUGCGAAGGAUGUCGUGAGAACGCUGAGGCUCUGUCCCUUUAGUCCACUUCAAGAAAUCAAAUGUCCCCGUCGAAACCAGCCCGUGGUGGUGCUAAACCAUCCGGAUGCAGACAUUCCCGAAGUCGCUAGCAUCAUGAGGUCAGUGAACAAAUACAAAGGUGAAGUUCUCAAGGUGGCACUGUCCCAAAAUACAGUUAAAGCCCUGUCUGAGUCUCCAAGGACACUUUCAAAGCAGAAUGCUUCCAGUGGUGAAAGGUCAAGGCCAGUAGGAGGUGCUGUUCAAGAGAGAUUCAUACUAAAACUAAAGUUAAAAAAGACUAGUAGAAAUAAAUAUGAGGUGGUGAGGUCCUCAUCUGCCGGUUCAGAGCAGCAGCCGACGUUUUGUUGCUGGUUUUGCGGCCGAGUUUUCAACAACCAGGAGAGGACUGGAUCGGCCAUGGUCAACGGCAUCUAAUGGAGGCAACAAGAGACUGGAAUAAGCUGUUCUAAUGCAACUACAGAGCCCCUGGACUGGGCCAAAUGACAUCCUUCAUUGUAGAAACAGAAGUUUUUGUAAUCUUUUCCUUUUUUUUAAAACAAAAUAGUACAGUAAGAUACAGUUAACCUGUUGAUAUUAUUUUUCCAUAGAUUUUUCUUCAGAAGCUUUUAAAGGGUAUAGUGUAAUAGAGAAGAGUUUGGUACCUGAAAGUUUGUAUGUAAAUAGUUUUCACCCUUGUAUAUUUAAAUGCAAACCCUUGAGUAUGUAUAGAACGGAACUGUGAAAACUGGACACACUGUAUGUUUAUGGUGCAAGCAAGAAAGAUCACUGGUAUAAGAUGGUGCUGUCUCUUAUAGACCUCUUUUAAUGCAGACAAUUGAACCGAUUUCUCAGGUAAUUCCAGAAUUUUUGAAUGAAUGAGUGAAUGGUCCAGUUUAUAACGAAGUAAUGUGUUUGAUUGUAGUUUUUAUGUACCGUUUAAGUUGGCUACAUAUGUCAUACCUACAUCAUUGAACCAAUUUUGAUUUCCAAUUAAUCUCAUUCAAGGCUUAGAUAUUGUGGAAAUGUUCAAAAAUGGAAUUUGAUAUGCAAAUUUUAAAGAGAUAGUUCACCUAAAACGAAAAUGCUCAUUUUCUCAGUCUCAUGUUGUUCUUGGGCCCCACUGAAUUUCAUUCUGUAAACAAAAAACAGACAUUUUUCAAAAUGUCAUCUUCAUCAUUCAGGUUUGAAGUGACAUGAGGGUGAGUUAGUGAUGACAAUUUUCAAUUAGCGCUGAACUAUCCCUUUAAGUAUUAUUUAGGAAUUGUGACACACGACAAACAAGCCCAACUGGUUCCUGUGGAAACCAUCCUGUUAAAAUGACGUGUCCUUUUUUGCCAUUAAUACGCUGUAUUUGUUCUCAAAGGGUCAGUUUCAUGUUUCGCUUGUACCAUGCAUCUCCCUUCAUUACGUCAAAUCAGACCCGGUGUCAUUUCAGUAGCAAUAAUGGACUUUAUAAUAAUAGUUGGGAUAUUUUUUUCUCUCUCUCUGUAAAGAUAUUCUGUAACUACAUCUGUUCUGGUGCUUUUUGAUGUCCUUUUCCACAUUUGAAAUGAAGUAAUGCACCUGUAAAUGUCUGUUAUGCUUUACUAAAAAAAAGAUAAAACAGGAUGUUUUGAGAUGCAAGCCAACAAACCUCAAAUAGCCAACCAAACACUAACUGUAUUUUCAUUUUCUGUGAUACUUGAGUGCCUCAUUCUGCCUCAAAGUUUUAACAAGAGGGUCUGUUUUUCAUGGUAAAGUCCAGAUUUGUAAGAUUCUUGUGUGCUUAGCAGAGUUCAAAGAUUAAGUUGUGACCAUUCAUCCUCGCUGCAUUGAUUUUUGUAUUUCGGCUGAUUUGGAAACAUUAAAAUUAGGAGGAUUUUUUUUCAGACGCUGUUCUCAUAUGAAGUCUUUUCAGUAUGGGUUUAUGUUCUGUAGAAACAAUUGGUUGAGAUCAGCUGUUUUCUCAGUUACAGCAUUCAAUAUAUCCUUUGCAUUAAAAGCACGGUUUCUAAGAAAUUUAAUACAACUGUUGUUUUAAACGUCAGCACUGUCAAGAGUGCUCAAUGGUGCUUUUGAAUCAAUGUCAGUCUGCUAAUUAUUUGGGUUUCUUUUAUAGAAUUUCUUUUUAAAUCUAGAUGAACUCCUCACAAGUGCUCCGAUCUGCCACAUUUAAGUCUCCCUGAGUGUUCUCUGUAAUUGUUAGGACAUAUAUAUAUAUAUAUAUAUAUAUAUAUUUAUUUAUUUGUUUUUGUCCAUUGAAGCUUUGAUGGCUGAGGGGUAAUAAUCCAUCCUUGAUUUAAGUAGUUAGUGUUCAGUGUUUUAUAGUUAAAUCAGUGAUUUUCCUGAAGCUUUACUUUCCCAUGUUUGGUCAGUUAACCUUUUUGGAACUAUUUGUUGGCCUAUACAGUUUUAUUUUCAAUAUUCACUCAGUAUGUUUGUCACCCUCUUUGUGGCAUGACAAUCACUGUUAUACAUGUGAAGUAGUGGAAUUGUUUAUGCAAACCAUAACAGCUCAAAUGGCCCAGCUUGAAACGAGUAAUGUCACGCCAUGAACGAGCAAAAAAAAAUGUCCUCACUCAGACACCUGUCAACCAAAUAAUGUUUGUCCUCAAGCAAAAAUGUCCUUCCUUCCUUGUUGUAAUGCCCAUGUCACACAGGUUUUAUUAUUGGGAUCUGAGAGACAAGUUUAUUUUUUUAUGCUAAGUGCCUAAAAUGUGAUGCACCAGGUUGACACUAUAUUGUACUGUAUUUACCUCCUUGCAGUUCCUUCUUUAAUAAAUGUAAAUACCUUUGA